UAAGAAGUGCUGAUAUUUUGUUCAUCAAAGCAAUGGAGUUCUCAUCAUCCAUUGGGUCUUUUCUCGCCGUAACUAUAGCUUUAUCGAUAGUUUUACAUAUGCAGACAGUGGCAGCUAUUUUCUGUGAACCUGGUGAAACUAAUAUUACGACUCCCUCAAAUAUCGAUAAUUGUCGAAAGGACUUGCAAGCCGAAUGUCAACUGCAGGGCAGAGUAGUGUCGAAGUUAGAGUUGAACUCCUGGCCUCCUAAUAAUAAUAUUAAGGGAAGGAUAUGCGAAGGGUGUUGUCAAGUACCACUCCCAUGUCCACCGCAACCUCCAGUCAAAUGGACGAAAUGUGCGGCCACGGAUACGGAUAAAUCAUUUAGACGACCUGGAAGCAAGAAAGAUUGCCACAUUUGUCAAGAUAGCUGUGAAAGUAAAUGUGAUGCUAUAGGAGCUAGAGUGGGUGAUCAGAUUUGCGGGUAUCUCCUUAGUUCAGAUACCGUAUUUCUUGGAUUAGUCUGCACAUGUUGUUGUCGGGCAAGAACUUCCUUCCCUCCACCCCCACCUCCAACACUACCACCAGUACCUCCACCGUCACCCCCGCCACCUAAUAUUUGUAGACUCGAAGAUAUUUAUAUUUCGUUUCUGAUAUACGGCUCUCGUGGCUGCAGUUUUUGUCCAACUGACUGUGAAGAGAAAUGUUCUGGUAUAGGUAGUUCAAUGGUAGUGCAACAGUGCAUAGAAGGGUCUUCUUCAAGACGGUGCAAAUGUUGUUGUAAAAACGACACGCCGCCACCACCACCUCCACCUCUAGCUUUACCUCCCUCAGCCCCACCACCUCCAGCAAAUAGUAAAUGUAAAGUGGGGGAUAAACAUGCUGAGAUUCGACACCUUAAUACUAAAGAUUGCAGUCCAUGUGAAAGUGACUGUGAAAGACGAUGUUCCGCAGUGGGUACUUCAAUGACAAUGCAGAUAUGCACAGUGGAAACUUCCUCCGUGUUCUGUGAAUGUUGUUGUAAGUAAAAAUAACACAGGGGCCGGCUGCCAAUUAUUCCUUUGAAACCAAUUAGCUAGUGAUUAGUUAUUAUUACUAUAAGUACGCAAUUAGUAACGUUACAUGUUUUUUCUUCUUCAGUUAUUUCAA